UCGAUUCGUCCCUUACCGGCGUCAGUGUUCUCCAGGCGUUCCGUAGUGUUAUAUUAACCUCGAAGUGAAAUACCCGAUUCGGUGAAGAUUCAAUCGAACGAAAAUAUCAUUUUCAAAUCCCAAAAACAAAAACGAAAAAUCUGUCUAAUCCGUUCGUGUUGAGCGAGGGAAAAAUUCAAGAAUAAAAAAACCCGGAUAACCGAUAAGCCGGGAAAAUCUAAAAAGAGCAGUGUCCGAUUCAUAGAAUACAUCGAGCACGAAGAAAAUUGAUUUCUGCCAUUUUUUUGGUGUUUUCAUUUGUCCCUUCGUGAAGCGAACCAUCCUUUUUGAAUAAUUCCAGUGUCGUACCUGUCUCUCUCUUCACGUCUCUGGUGGCGUUUCGUCCGUGUGACGUCACGCGCGUAGUAAUACACCCGCCGCAAAGGAGAGUGUAGCGCUGUUAGAGAUCCACUAGGCCCUGGGGUUUUCGGUGUUGGUGUCUCUUUCUGUUGGACGAUUCUGCGCCGCAGGCCGGGGGGAACUGCUUUCGAUUGUUGGCGGGCGCCGCCAUCUUGGUCAGUGAGCUCGCGAGCGGCCGUACGAGAAGCCGUCCGUUAAAAUCGUCAGAAGCCCGUGGCGCACACACACGCGUUACAACAAAAUAUAUAUACAUAUAUAUUUGCAAGAAAAAAAUUACUUUUUGUCCCCGUCUCUCUCUCUAUCCCCCCCCCUCCGUGUCUGUCUCGCUCGGUUAGUGUGCAUCUCCUAUAAUCAGGAAAGAAAGGAAAAAGAAAAAAAAAAUUUCGUCGUCCCCCUUCCCCCGUAUCAUCAGCGUGUUACCGCCUCGCGAAAUACAACGGCGCAAACGGAAAAGCUAGAGAGAAGCCGAGAGGAAUAAUAAACGAUUAAAACUCUCUCUAACGAUUUAAUCGGUUGUGUUUCAUUUGAAAUCCGCGAGCAUCCAGGAUGUCGGAACGGGAGGACAAUGUCUACAAGGCGAAGCUGGCCGAGCAGGCUGAACGCUAUGACGAGAUGGUUGAGGCGAUGAAAAAAGUCGCCUCCCUCGGUAUCGAGCUCACAGUCGAGGAGAGAAAUUUACUCUCGGUGGCGUACAAGAAUGUGAUAGGAGCGAGGAGGGCUUCCUGGAGAAUAAUAUCCAGUAUCGAACAGAAGGAAGAAAACAAGGGUGCCGAAGAUAAACUCGAGAUGAUUCGUCAGUACAGAUCUCAGGUUGAAAAAGAACUCAGAGACAUUUGCGCCGACAUUCUGGGUGUACUCGACAAACACUUGAUUCCAUUCGCAUCCACCGGAGAGUCCAAAGUCUUCUAUUACAAAAUGAAGGGCGAUUAUCACCGUUACUUGGCGGAAUUCGCGAUCGGUACCUAUAGGAAGGAAGCUGCUGAGAAAUCGCUCAUAGCUUACAAAGAAGCGAGUGACAUAGCGAUGAUAGAACUACCACCAACUCAUCCAAUUCGUUUAGGAUUAGCCCUCAACUUCUCGGUCUUUUAUUACGAGAUAUUGAACAGUCCUGAUCGGGCAUGUCGCUUGGCGAAAGCGGCGUUCGACGAUGCGAUCGCUGAACUCGAUACGUUGUCCGAGGAGAGCUACAAAGAUUCCACGCUCAUCAUGCAGCUCCUCAGGGACAACCUCACCUUAUGGACCUCGGAUAUGCAGCUCGAUGGUGAAGGUGAACAGAAAGAGUUGACGCAGGAUGUGGAAGAUCAGGACGUAUCGUAACUCUAGUUGCAGUGAGUGUUAUUUGCGCAUACAAAUGAGACACGAGAAGAAGAAAAAAAGAAAAGAAAAACAACAACAACAACAAAACAAACUCUUAAUAACUUUUAAGCAAAACAAAAAAGAAACACGCGAUUUAGCAGGUGGGUGGCCGGGGUGGGAUAUGAGAAGAAGAUGAACGAGGAGCGGAAAAGGGGCUGCGCGAUAAAAGUCUGAGGGAGUGGAAAAGGGGAAAUGGAUCUUUAGAGAUCGCGUAAUCCGAAAUACGCAUGUACGGUUAUUCCAAGUAAAAAAAAAAAAAUCGAAUCAACAAAAUAGAAUGUCUUAUGAAUAAUAAACAGAAUAAAACAAAAAGAACACAACCAAUCGAUCGAAAAAUCACUAAAAUACCAUGUCGAAAAGAAGUAUAAACGAUGGGCACGAACAGAAGUUUUUGACGACAAUGGAACCCACGCACCCGGCGAAAGUUUAGUGAUUUCAUUGGAGAGUUUUAGCAGAGGCGUUACAACAGACCAACUUUUUUCCCCUCGAGCAACUUUAAAUGAGGUUAAUAAAAGCCGGCGAAAGAAACAAAAACCGGAAAGUUUCGUUCAAAUCCUUUUCGCAUUCGUACCGAAUGUUCAAAUUCCUCAAUGAUCAAAGCUCUGCGUUCGUCAUUCAAGCAAAAUUCAAACAAACCUUCACUUGAACUCUCACUUCAUCAUUACCGAAAUAUUUUAACGUUUUGUGCCUGCGUGGACGAUAGCCGAAAAGAAUACGCGAUUAACAACAGCAACAACAACAACAACGACAGCAAUGACAAAACAGGAUGGAAAAAGGAAGGAAACCCUUGUCACUUUGUCAACCUUUAUCGCUUUUUCCACCUCUUUGUAAAACGAGCUUUUCUUUCCUAAUCGAUGUUAAGAACUGUCGAUACUCCAGUAGCAAGCUUUAUCGAGCUUCGAUGUGGAAUUUCUUUGGAAGAAAAAUUCUUUCUGAGUGCAGUGCUGCAAUGAAUGUAAUUAUUGAAUUUUUCGUCUCCCGCUUCGUUGAUUCUUCGCUGUGACCACAUUCGAGAUCCUUCGGAUUUUCCUUUUGUUUUUAUAUAUUCAUUCGUAAAAUAAUACGAGAGAGAGAGAGAAGAGUGAGAGUGAGUUGAAAAUGAUAAUGAAUUCGUGAGUAACGGAGCGCUAUCGUCCAACGUUGAUACAGCAAAAGGCACAAAGUUGAGAACGAAAUGAGAAAUGAGAAAAGUAAUUUAAUAAAGGAAAAGGAAAGAAAAUAAUCGAAAGAACGAAAGUAGUGUAUAAGAAAAUAUCUCGAACCCAUUGCAAUAAAGAAAGAAUAAAAAAACAAGUAUAAAAUUUAAAAAAAACUCGUCGGUAUUUGUUAGCUUAGCACCUGUAAUCAAAGAUAUAGAGCUUGCUACGGGGCAAUCUCUCCGUAAACGUUUUAUCCACCCGAAACGAGAGGAGAAGGCUAUUUAAUUUAUAUAUCACGAGUAGUUGAUUGUUCGAGCGCGACAAAACGUUCGAGUCGAAGAAUGAAAAAUGAAGGAAGAAACUUAUUUACAUUAAAUUCUCACGGAUUAUGUCAAAACUCCAACAAUUAUGAAAGCAAAUUGAUGUUUAUACGGAGAUGAAAAAAAAAUAAAAGUACAGAACAAUACACAACCGAUCGAUCCGUACCGUGUCUCUGGUCUCGUUUCAUUACUUUCGAAAAGAGAGCAACUCUCCUUCCUCACGAACGAAUGAAUUGUCACGGAGCUCCGGAGAAUUCAAACGAGAAAAACAAAGCAGAAAUUGAAUAUAAAAUCAAAUCGAAUUACAAUUCAGGGCAUAACACGAUCGUGCAGAACAAUUAAAAUCGUUUGCUCAUCGCUGAAGAGAAGCCAAUUUAGCCGCUCCCGCAUUCAUACCGUAUAACAAAGCAAAAAGGGGACAUUGAAACACACGAGAAAAGGAAAAAACAAAUGAUUAUGAAAUAAACCUAGGGAGCUAGGUAGCUUGUAAUUGUGAAUGUACGUUUGCAUAUGUCCACUUAUGUGAACUGUAUCCGGUAGAUGUGGUAUGAAGAAAAUGAAGAAAAAAAAACAAAAAUGACAGAAUAAAUGGCUCUCUGUA